AUGCAAUCAACGACUCCUAGUUCUGGGUACAGCACCGAGCGCGUCGAUCAAGACUACUUACCCACUUCCAAGAGUGCACCCAUCCACAGCGAAACAUGGCCUAUCUCGCAAGAAGUCAGAGUACUCAGGGAUCGUGACGAAGCUAAUGGCGGCAAAGCCCGGAAGUUGGGUGUGACAUGGAAGAAUCUCACAGUCAAGGGUAUCAGCAACGAUGCCGUCUUCAACGAGAACGUGCUGUCGCAGCUGAAUCCGUUCGGGAAUAGGGGAAAGGGUGCACCAAUGAAGACAAUCAUCGACAACUCGUAUGGAUGUGUGAAGCCUGGAGAAAUGCUUCUCGUCUUGGGUAAUCCGGGCGCAGGCUGUACCUCACUGCUGAACAUAUUGUCGAAUCACCGACAGGGCUACGCCGAAAUUGACGGGGAUGUCUCCUUUGGCUCCAUGUCCAGUGAUGAAGCCAAGUCCUACCGCGGUCAGAUAGUCAUGAACACAGAAGAUGAGAUCUUUUUCCCUACCAUGUCCGUCGGUGCGACCCUCGACUUCGCAACACGCAUGAAAGUCCCCUACAAUCUGCCGCCCGACAUCACUUCUGCCGAACAAUACGCGAAAGUCUACAAGGAGUUUCUACUCAAGUCACUCGGCAUUGAGCACACACACGACACCAAGGUCGGAGACGAAUACAUUCGCGGCGUCUCAGGCGGUGAGCGAAAACGCGUUUCCAUCUUGGAAUGUCUCGCAACGCGCGGCAGCGUCUUUUGCUGGGACAACUCUACGCGCGGCCUAGAUGCUGGCACAGCACUGGAUUGGACGAAGGCUAUGCGUGCCAUGACCGACAUACUUGGGUUGACUACCAUUGCAACCUUGUACCAAGCCGGCAACGGUAUCUAUGAGCAGUUCGACAAAGUGCUCAUCCUCGAUGAGGGAAAGCAGAUCUACUAUGGACCGAGAGAGGAUGCAGUGCCCUUCAUGCAAGAUCUCGGAUUUCUUUGCGACCCAGCCGCGAACCAAGCCGACUUCCUGACCAGCGUAACGAUCUCGGAUGUACGAGCCGUCGCCGAAGGCUAUGAGGAGAAGUUCCCGCGCAAUGGCGAAGAAGUACGUGCGGCGUACGAACAAUCGUCCAUCAAGCAAGCGAUGAGUGCGGAACUCGACUACCCCGACAGCGAGGAGGCGAAAUUGAACACGACCGACUUCAAAGAGAUGAUAGCCCGAGAGAAGCACAAGUUUCUACCAAAGAAUGCCGCUGUCACUACGAGCUUCUACUCUCAGGUCAAGACGGCCGUUACUCGACAGUACCAAGUGCUGUGGGGUGAUAAGCCCGUGUUAAUCGUCAAGCAAGUCUCUACCCUCAUCCAAGCUCUUGUCGCUGGUUCGUUGUUCUACGCCGCACCGGAUCACUCGGCCGGUCUGUUCCUCAAAGGUGGCGCACUGUUCUUUUGCCUUUUGUACCCUGCCUACAUGGGGCUCUCAGAGGUGACAGAUUCUUUCACUGGACGGCCUGUCCUGGCUAAACAUCGAUCAUUUGCACUGCAUUACCCCGCCGCUUUCGUCAUCGCUCAGGUCGCUACCGACAUACCAUUGAUGUUGUUCCAGAUGUCGCACUUCGGAAUCGUCAUAUACUUCAUGGUCGGACUCCAGACUACCGCAGAAGCUUUCUUUACCUUUUGGGUCGUCAUCUUCGCUUCAGCCAUGGCCAUGACUGCAUGUUUCCGCAUGAUCGGUGCUGCCUUCCCGACAUUUGAUGCAGCGACGAAAGCUUCAGGUCUCCUCGUCUCGGCACUGUUCAUGUAUAUGGGUUACAUGAUCAUCAAGCCUGAGAUGAAGCCUUGGUUUGUCUGGAUCUUUUGGAUCAACCCGAUGGCCUACGCCUUUGAGGCUUUGCUAGGCAACGAGUUUCACGAUCAACAAAUACCGUGUGUAGGUCCCAAUCUCGCUCCCAAUGGGCCAGGAUACGUGCCAGACCUAGGUGGGCAGUCGUGUAUUGGCGUUAAUGGUGCACGACCCGGGGCAGUCAUCGUCACAGGGGAUGACUACCUGGCCUCCAUGUCUUUCAGUCAUAGCCAUCUCUGGCGCAAUCUCGGUAUCAUUCUCUCGUGGUGGGUCUUCUUCGUAGCUCUGACGAUAGUGUUCACGUCAAGAUGGAAGGAGAUGGGUGAGGGUGGCCGUGGACUCCUCAUCCCAAGAGAGAAACAGAAGAAGACUCAGCAUAUCCACGUCGAUGACGAGGAGUCUCAAUCAUAUGAGAAGCCACAUGCUAGCUCCGCGUCCUCCGGAUCUGAUAACACGCUCGCCAACCAACUCAUCCGCAAUACUUCAAUCUUUACCUGGAAGAAUCUUACGUACACUGUCAAGACUCCAUCAGGCGAUCGAGUUCUCCUUGACAACGUACAGGGAUUCGUGAAGCCCGGAACUCUUGGGGCUUUAAUGGGAUCUUCGGGCGCUGGCAAAACGACAUUACUCGACGUUCUCGCUCAGCGGAAGACCGACGGCACGAUCCAUGGGUCUAUCAUGGUUGAUGGACGAGACCUCCCGGUAUCGUUCCAGCGAUCGGCAGGCUACGUUGAACAGAUGGACGUACACGAGUCGUUGGCCACGGUACGCGAGGCUUUGGAGUUCUCCGCUCUUCUCCGACAAUCUCGUGAAACACCACGAGACGAGAAGCUCCGCUACGUGGACACCAUAAUUGACCUCUUACAACUCCACGACCUCGAGCAUACACUCAUCGGCCGACCUGGUGCUGGCCUUUCCAUCGAGCAGCGUAAACGAUUGACGAUCGGCGUUGAACUGGUAGCGAAGCCCAGCAUCCUGAUAUUCCUGGACGAGCCGACGUCUGGCCUCGAUGGGCAAGCUGCGUACAACACUGUGCGCUUCUUGCGCAAGCUCGCGGAAGUCGGACAGGCCAUCCUCGUAACGAUCCACCAACCAUCAGCCCAGUUGUUCGCGCAAUUCGAUACGCUUCUCUUACUCGCCAAGGGUGGCAAGACUGUCUACUUUGGCGAUAUCGGUGACGAUGCAAGUACGGUAAAAUCCUACUUCGCUAGCAAGGGAGCGCCAUGUCCACGCGAGGCAAACCCUGCCGAGCACAUGAUAGAGGUCGUCUCCGGCAGUUUGUCUCAGAACACGGAUUGGAACAGGGUUUGGCUCGAAUCCCAACAGUACAACGACGUGACCGAAGAGCUUGACAGGAUCGUUGCGGAAGCCGCCGCUCGCCCACCGGGUACUGUCGAUGAUGGCUAUGCGUUUGCCUCGCCCAUGUGGGAGCAAGUGAAAAUAGUUACGCAUCGUAUGAACGUCUCGCUUUUCCGCAACACCGAUUACGUCAACAACAAGGUGAUUAUGCACAUCCUCUUGGCUUUACUCAACGGCUUCACCUUCUGGAUGAUUGGCGAUAGUCUUCAGGACUUGCAGUUGCGACUGUUCACUGUAUUCAGCUUCAUUUUCGUGGCCCCUGGCGUCAUCUCCCAGCUACAACCGCUGUUCAUUCAACGCCGCGAUGUUUACGAAACGCGCGAGAAGAAGAGCAAGACAUACCACUGGGCGCCAUUCGUGACAGGACUGAUCGUUUCGGAGCUUCCGUAUUUGGUCGUGUGCGCGGUCAUGUACUAUGUGUGUUGGUACUUCACGGCAGGUUUGCCUGGUGCAGCAAAGUACGCUGGCAGCACAUUUUUCGUUGUGCUUGUUUACGAGUUCCUGUAUACUGGUAUCGGGCAAAUGAUCGCAGCCUACUCUCCAAACGCCGUAUUCGCCUCGCUCGUCAACCCUCUCUUCGUCACGACACUGGUGUCUUUCUGCGGAGUUCUGGUUCCCUACAGUCAGCUCGAGCCGUUCUGGAGGUACUGGCUUUACUAUCUGGACCCGUUCAACUACCUGAUGUCCUCUCUCUUGGUGUUCACCACCUGGUCUGCGAAUGUGGACUGCAAAUCGAGCGAGCUCGCCAUCUUCGACCCUGCUGCCAACCAGACCUGCGGCGAAUACCUCUCAGUCUACCAGCAGGGUAUGGGAUCCGGUGUCAACCUGCUCAAUCCCGAUGCCACCGUCGACUGCCGCGUGUGCCAGUACAAGAGCGGAGCGGACUUUCUCCGGACCCUGAACCUUGCGGAGGAGUAUUAUGGGUGGAGGAACGCCGGCAUCGUCGUGUUGUUCUCGGUGAGCAGUUACACACUGGUGUACUUGAUGAUGAAGUUGAGGACCAAGGCUACAAAGAAGGCGGCGUAG